CUUCUAAAAAGAGAUUCAAUAGUUUCCACCCUGUUUAAACGAUGUCUUGGAUUAUCGUAACCACGUUUUGUAUUGGCCUAGUUUAUGGAUAUUCUUCAAAUGACGAGGCACAUAGAUUUAUGGUGAUAGGAGAUAUGGGAGGUUUACCCUUCUUCCCCUACACCACACCAGUAGAAAUGGGGGUAGCUAAACAAAUGGCGGAUAUGGCUAACAAAAUAAAUCCAGAUUUUAUUUUGUCGCUUGGUGAUAAUUUUUAUUUCAAUGGUGUUCGUGACGUCACAGACAGUCGUUUUGAGGAAAGUUAUGAAAAAAUAUUUGACUAUCCAUCUCUAAAAAGACCAUGGUACCUUAUAGCAGGAAAUCAUGAUCACCACGGGAAUGUUUCUGCAGAAAUAGCUUACAGUAAAGUUUCUCAGAGAUGGAAUUUUCCAGAUUUUUAUUACCCGCUUUCUUUUAAACUGCCUGGUACUAAUUCAACUAUAGAUAUUCUGAUGUUAGAUACAAUAACUCUAUGUGGAAAUACAGAGAGUGAUUUUAAAGGUUCACAGCCCAUAAAACCUGAUAACUACCAGGCAUCUGAACAACAAUGGGCGUGGUUAGAACAAUCUCUAGCAGUUAGCAAAGCAACAUAUUUAUUGGUAGCUGGUCAUUUUCCUGUAUAUUCUAUAGCUGAACAUGGCCCAACAGAAUGUCUAGUAGAUAGAUUAUUACCUAUGUUAUAUAAAUAUAAAGUUACAGCUUAUAUGUCUGGACAUGAUCAUAAUUUACAGCAUUUGCAAGAUUCCCAAAAUGGGGUGACGGCGGAUUUCUUUGUUGUUGGUGCCUCAAAUUUUAUUGAUCCAAGUCGAGCAAACGCGAACGCGGUUCCAGUUGGCGCAUCUAAAUUUCAUUGGGCUAAUCUCUUGUCUCUAGGAGGUUUUGGUUAUGUAGAUGUGUCAACCAGUAAUUUGACUUUUUCAUUUAUUGAAGCUGAUGGUAAACUACUGUAUCAGACAGUAAUGAAACCUCGUACUCUUUAAUGUUCUUAUUAUUUAAUUUCCCUUAUCCAGUCAUGCUUACAGUUAUUAAAAAAAUCCGAAUUAUUGAAAUGGAAUAAUACAUAUUUUUAUUUAUUCAUAUCAUAUUCAAAGUCUCAAGGGGAUGAUUGAGCAAGACUGUUGCUGAUAAACCAAAGUAGCUGCCAAUGGCGCUAGUUUAUAUAAUUUGAUUGACUAAUGCUGUGCUUGAGUAAUCGAUCAUUUAAAUAUGUCUAUAUUUUCCAUGACCAUAGAUAUGGAUUGUUCAAAAUCCCCGUUUAUAUUAUAUCAAUAUGUUAAUAAUUUAUUUAGUUCGAUUGUUUAUAUUUGUUAUUUAUUGUACUUACUUUCGUGACGUUCUAUAUAGACUGUGUAUGGAAAAAAUCUUAAUCUUAAUCUGCACAUUUUUUUUAAUUUAGUUAGCGCAUCAUAGAUAUUAGUACACACUCAUUUACAGUUAAUUCGCGAUUCUUACCAGACUACAGCACUGGGUUUUAGUAGGUUGGUUUAGUGUGAAUAAUCAUAUCCUACUCCGAUGCAAAUAAAUAUGAAAUAGAUCGGUAUACCUAAAUAUGAAGACGACUUUAAGGACAGUGUGUCAACAAACUAAUCUUAGAUUUUGCAGUUGAAGAUCUAAACAGAGAAGCUUUUCUAAUCUUGUAUAAAAUGAAAUGAAAUGGAGAUUAACGUCCUACUGUUCAGCUCCGUCUUGGCCAAUAAAGUCGGGUUAUGACGGUAAUUUUGAGCCGCCGGAGCCUACUAUGAUAUAGAAUGCAAACUGCCGGAGAUCUUUUACAUGCACGUCAACGUGUACACGGGACCUAUGUUUUACGACCCAUCCUAACGACUAUACAUUUUCUAUUGCCAGGUGCUCUGUCCAGCACCACUGACAAGGGGGGAUCACGGUGGAAAAUCCAGAACUUCCUUUGCCAAAACCAGGAUCGAACACGGGACCUCCAGGUUAGUGAGCCAACAGCUCCUCUAACCUUACACAAUGAUUAGUAAGUCAACUUCAUGAUAAAGGAUUUCUAACUUUACGGUGUAUCGAAUUCAGAUCAUAUCACCUCAUUAAUUGAA